AGGUUUUGAUUCGAUCUCCGCCUGCAGCCGAAGCCGCUGCAGCAGCUGAGCGGGCAAAUCUGCCAGAUCUGCGGCGACGACGUCGGCCGCACCGUCGACGGGGAUCUCUUCGUCGCCUGCAACGAGUGCGCCUUCCCCAUUUGCAUGUACUUGCUACGAGUACGAGCGCCGGGAGGGCAACCAGGUUUGCCCCCAGUGCAAGACCAGGUUCAAGCGGCUCAAGGGGUGUCCUCGUGUGGCUGGUGAUGAAGAAGAGGAUAACAUUGUGAUCUUGAGAAUGAAUUCAACUUCGUCAGGGGAGAUAAGCAGGACUCACAGUACAUAGCUGAGGCCAUGCUGCAGGCCCACAUGAGUUAUGGCCACCAGGGUGACAUCAACACGCCUUAUGUGGUUCAUACUGUGCCUCAAGUCCCUCUCCUCACCAAUGGCGAGAUGGUUGAUGACAUUCCUCCAGAACAGCAUGCUCUCGUUCGUUCAUUCAUGGGUGGUGGAGGGAAAAAGAUUCAUCCGCUUCCCUUUUCAGAUCCCAAUCUUUCAGGUAUUCCAGAUUCUGCACUACCAAUAGGAUAUUCUGCUCAUGUGCACCUUAGAUCCUUGGAUCCUUCUAAGGAUCUCUUGACCUACGGAUAUGGAAGCGUGGCUUGGAAGGAGCGGAUGGAGAAUUGGAGGCAAAAGCAAGAGAAAAUGCACAAGAUGAGGAAUGAUGGUGGUAGUAAAGGUUGGAAUAAUGAUAACGAGGAACCUGAUUUACCACUAAUGGAUGAAGCAAGACAACCAUUGUCAAGAAAGCUGCCAGUUCCUUCUAGCCAAAUAAAUCCGUACAGAAUGAUCAUCAUAAUUCGUCUCGUAGUUGUUGGGUUCUUCUUCCAUUACCGUAUCACCAACCCUGCAACUGAUGCAUAUCCAUUGUGGUUUAUAUCCGUCAUCUGUGAAAUCUGGUUUGCUAUUUCAUGGAUUCUUGAUCAGUUUCCCAAGUGGCUGCCAAUUGAAAGGGAAACCUAUCUUGAUAGAUUGUCAUUAAGGUAUGAAAAAGAAGGGCAACCUUCUCAACUAUCUCCUAUAGACAUAUUUGUGAGUACAGUUGAUCCAAUGAAGGAACCCCCUUUAAUCACUGCAAACACUGUUCUCUCAAUUCUAGCUGUAGAUUAUCCUGUAGAAAAAGUAUCCUGCUAUGUUUCUGAUGAUGGUGCUGCUAUGCUGACAUUUGAAGCAUUAUCAGAAACAUCUGAAUUUGCAAAGAAAUGGGCUCCUUUCUGUAAGAAAUUCAAUAUUGAGCCUCGUGCACCUGAAUGGUAUUUUCAGCAGAAGAUAGAUUAUCUAAAGGAUAAGGUCCAUCCUUCAUUUAUCAAGGAACGAAGAGCAAUGAAGAGGGAAUAUGAGGAAUUUAAGGUACGAAUAAAUGCACUGGUUGCAAAAGCACAAAAGGUACCAGAAGAAGGUUGGACGAUGCAGGACGGAACACCAUGGCCUGGAAAUAAUGUCCGUGACCAUCCAGGCAUGAUUCAGGUCUUUUUGGGGCAAAGUGGUGGGCAUGAUGUGGAAGGGAAUGAACUACCACGUUUGGUUUAUGUCUCUAGAGAAAAGAGGCCAGGUUUUAAUCAUCACAAAAAGGCUGGCGCCAUGAAUGCUUUGGUUAGAGUCUCUGCUGUACUUACAAAUGCACCUUAUUUGUUGAACGUGGACUGUGAUCACUACUUCAACAAUAGCAAGGCAAUACGAGAGGCAAUGUGCUUCAUGAUGGAUCCACUUGUAGCAAAAAAAGUGUGCUAUGUGCAGUUCCCCCAGCGGUUUGAUGGUAUUGAUCGACAUGAUCGCUAUGCUAAUCGGAACAUAGUGUUUUUCGAUAUCAAUAUGAAAGGUUUGGAUGGGAUUCAAGGACCCAUUUAUGUCGGCACUGGAUGUGCAUUUAGAAGACAGGCACUUUAUGGAUAUGAUGCUCCAAAGUCAAAGAAGCCACCAACGAGGACUUGCAAUUGCUGGCCUAAGUGGUGCUGCUGUGGAUGCUGUUGUUCUGGCAGAAGGAAGAAGAAAACAGCAAAAGCUAAACAGGAAAAGAGAAGGAAUAGUUCUUGGAGAGGCGAUAAUGGAGCACCAGUGCUUGCACUGGAGGGAAUUGAAGAUGGCAAGCAAGGAAAUGAGAAUGACAAACAAAAGCUGAUGUCUGAACAGAAGCUAGAAAAGAAAUUUGGACAGUCUCCUGUUUUUGUGGCAUCUACUCUCCUCGAGAAUGGUGGAACACUAAAAGGUGCUACUCCGGCAUCAUUAUUAAAGGAAGCAAUUCAUGUUAUUAGCUGUGGUUAUGAAGAUAAGACGGACUGGGGAAAAGAGAUUGGAUGGAUCUACGGCUCAGUGACUGAAGAUAUAUUAACAGGAUUUAAAAUGCAUUGCCAUGGGUGGAGAUCUAUAUACUGCAUACCAGGAAGACCUGCAUUCAAAGGUUCCGCACCUCUGAAUCUUUCAGAUCGUCUCCACCAGGUCCUUAGGUGGGCUCUUGGGUCUGUGGAAAUUUUCUUAAGCAAACACUGUCCUCUUUGGUAUGGAUACCGAGGUGGGCUUAAAUGGUUGGAACGGCUUUCGUACAUUAAUGCUACUGUUUAUCCAUGGACAUCAAUUCCUCUUUUGGCCUACUGCACCUUGCCUGCUGUUUGCUUGCUAACUGGAAAAUUCAUCACCCCAGAGCUUAGCAAUGUGGCAAGUCUUUGGUUCCUGUCACUUUUCAUUUGUAUCUUUGCAACGAGCAUCCUGGAAAUGAGAUGGAGUGGUGUUGGCAUUGAUGACUGGUGGAGGAAUGAGCAAUUUUGGGUCAUCGGAGGUGUUUCCUCACAUCUUUUUGCGGUGUUUCAGGGGCUUUUAAAGGUCCUUGCAGGUAUAGACACCAAUUUCACAGUGACAACAAAGGCAGGUGAUGAUGAAGAGUUCUCCGAGUUGUACACAUUCAAAUGGACCACUUUGCUCAUUCCUCCUACAACUUUGCUUAUCGUGAACUUCAUCGGUGUGGUAGCUGGUGUCUCUAAUGCAAUCAACAACGGAUAUGAAUCCUGGGGACCUCUGUUUGGGAAACUCUUUUUCUCCUUCUGGGUGAUCGUUCACCUGUAUCCUUUCCUCAAAGGUCUUGUUGGUCGGCAGAACCGGACACCUACAAUUGUUAUUGUCUGGUCCAUUCUCCUUGCUUCAAUUUUCUCUCUGCUGUGGGUACGGAUUGAUCCAUUCCUUCCAAAAUCAGAUGGCCCCCUUCUGGAGGAGUGUGGAUUAGACUGCAAUUGAGCACCAAAAAAUAGCUACACAACCUUUGCAUCUGUGUACAAAUGGAGUUGUGCAUUUAUUUAGAUAGAAAGAUGGCAUGCUGCAUUCUAUCCCCUUUAAUGCUACUCUAGCUUUGGACUUUUACCAUGGAAGUGGGACGUGGGCAUAGCCUUGCAUUGCUUUGUUCGUGUACUACUGCAGUUGAACUCUACAUUGAUUCAUCCUGGUACUGAGGAAGCCUCAUCAAAUGUUGAGUUGGUUAAUUCGGUUUCCCCUUUUCUGGGGUAUGUUUAUUCUCGCUAUCUCUUGUAAUACGGAAUGAUUGAUUAAAGACAAGUUUUAUAGUGUACGUCAUCUAAUAAUGUCAUUUUCUGUACUCUGUCGUGUACCAAUGUAUUAACCCCAAAUGGGGACUUAAGUGCUGGCUUCUUGC